GCACUGAUAUGAUGGAUUUAUGUCACAUUAGACGGCUCCGCCGGUUAGGUGAAGGACUAGCACACACUCUGGGGUUAUACAAAGCUAUACUGCACGUACUGUCAUUACAGACUAUUUAAGGCAGCCUAAGACAGAAUCAGUAUCCUCUAAGCAAAUCCAAGGAAGACGACUGACUCUGGUGAAUAAGAAGAUAUUGAGUUUUGAAGAUGACAGAGGACUAUAACUGAUAUUGAAAAAAAAACAUAAAAAAAAAUGGCACUUAACAACACAGGGACAACUGACCUUAAUGCUGAAGAUAUUGAUGGUCACUCACAAUUUGCUUAUAUACAUUUUACAAUUGCAGCUGCCAUUGCUUUACUUCUGUGUCUGAUAGGCUUGGUGGGAAACUCUAUCGUGCUGUGGUACCUGUGCUUCAAGAUUCAGAAGAACAAAUUUACUACUUACAGCAUCAAUUUGGCGGUGGCUUACUUCAUCUUCUUACUAUCUACUGUGAGUGUACUGAGUCUUAGUAUCCACACAUUAACCAGUACACAUCCUGAUUUUCCAGGGAAGGAUUCCUUGUACAUACUUAUAGAAAUUAUUUAUGACAGCACAUUCUAUUCAGGAAUAUUCAUCCUCACAGCCAUCAGCUUGGAAAGAUGUAUCUCCGUCACGUUCCCUGUUUGGCAUGAGUGCCAUCGCCCUAAGACUUUGUCUAUAAUCAUGUGUGUUAUUCUUUGGUUAGUUGGCUGCUUGGUCAGCCUCUCUGAAAACUUUACGUGCACACCAGAAGCUUUCGUGACUCCUACUUCAGGAUGCACAGCAAUUCAGCUGGUAACAUUUGCUUUAGCUAUCAUCGUCUGCCUACCGAUCAUGGUGACUUCGUGUUUAAUUCUUAUCAUCCGUAUAAAGAAGAAAUUCAACCAACAGGUCUCUACAGAACUUUAUGCUUUCAUCAUCUUAGCAGUUAUUGCUUUUAUCGUAUCUGUUGUUCCAGUUAACUUUUUAUGGCUUCUAUUGUACUUCAAUUUAUUGUCGAAAGACAUCCAAACACUUGCUCUGUUCUUUGCCAGUAUCUACGGCACAGUGCUUAAUUGUACUAUUAUCCCCUACUUUUAUAUUAUUGCUGAAAUUAAAUGGAAAGCAAAAUUCUAUAAACCUGAAAGAGAAGGGAACAGAGAUAUAACCAAAUGUAAAACAGAUAGUAUAUAAAGUAAAUGAGAUAAUGUAAAGGGGUGACCAGUUAGAUAAUUUUUUUUAUUAAAGUUGUAUUUAUCACAAAAA